CUUAGUAGUAGUUACUAGUUACCAACCUCCUUGCGUGCUCUCGCUUUUUUAUUUGAAUUGCGUUUGUCUAUGGCUUGGAACACGACUGCCAGUGUCAUUGUUACAGUGUAGCUGUAGUGUGGUGUUAUGCCAGUAUUAUUUUAUAACUGCGUUCGGUUUGUAGCGAAUAUCAUUUAAAGCGGGAGGCAUAAAUCUUUUAAAUAAUUUUUGUAAUAGUUAUCUUUGAUUGAUAUAUAUUAUUACACUUUUGCCAAUACAAUGUUUUAAUUGAUAAAAUAUGCUGUGUUAUGGACAAUUAUCACCAUAUCGCCAUUUUAUCCCUCCCGCAGUAUCGCUAAUUAAACUGAACGGAACAAAUAUCAAGUUUACACUAGUUUUUAUCAGUGGCUGAACAACUAACGUACAUGGACAACGCAUGUGCUUCGCCCCAAUGUAAAAGUGGUAUUGGCUGAAAACUAUAAUUAACAUUGCUGGAUAAUGUAAAAAAAAGUGUUUCACGUCGGAAUAAAAACUUUUUCGUUCGUCAUAGAAUGUAAAUAAGUUGAAAAUUAAAGUGUUUUGGCUGUGGUUUCAAAAUGGAGGUUGGUCUUCCGCCGAUGAAUAUAAAUGCAGUGCAAGUGCUGUACCUCGUCGGAAUGCAACAUUUUAUAAUGGAGGAGUUCCGCGACAUGCCGGCUAGUUUCGGCAACGACCUGCCAGCUGACGGUCUGCGCGGGUUCCUGGUCGCAGGCGAGCCUCCAGACGGCUGUGGCCCUCUCCCCAACCCGCCGACUGUUGAUAACUUCACAGGGAAAUGGAUAGUACUCCUUGCUAGAUACAACUGCAGUUUUGAAGUGAAGGUGCGCAAUGCGCAGGCGGCGGGCUACGAUUGCGCCAUCGUGCACAAUGUCAACUCCAGUGAUCUCGAGACUAUGUCGGCUAAAAAUCCGGAGGGAAUAGAGAUUCCGUCGGUAUUCGUGAGCGACCUCGCUGGCUUACUGCUGGGCGACGAGUAUUUGUAUACAAGCGGUUUCUAUAUAAUGGUAAACGGCGACCUCCCGUUCAACAUCAACACACACCUGCUGCUGCCGUUCGCGAUCGUCGUGGUGCUCUGCUUACUUGUAAUACUUAUAUUUAUGAUAGUGAAAUGUAUAAAGGACAGGCGCCGCGCCCGACGUCACAGGCUCCCGAGCCGAUCUCUGAAGAAGAUACCUACGUGCAAGUUCAGCAAGGGAGACCCGUACGACACUUGCGCCAUCUGCCUCGAUGACUACCAGGAGGGAGAGCGGCUUCGAGUCCUGCCCUGUGCACAUGCGUACCACGCAGUAUGCAUAGACCCGUGGCUGACGCAGAACAAGCGCGUGUGUCCCGUCUGCAAGCGACGCGUCUUCGCCGCCGGCGAGCGGCGCCGCCUGCAUACUGACUCCGACGAUACCGACACUGAACCACUACUCAACGACAACACCGCCACACAGGGCGGUACGUUUGAGGAGCAGAGCGUGAACCCGUUCGUGCGCGCUACUGAGUUCAUGCGGAGACUGCGCCGGGACAACCAACAGAGGAACAACGCUGAGGCGGCUUCACAAUCGGAAGACAAUGACGAAUCAAAUAACGUUAAUGACGAUACAGUGGAGACUGGCGAUAGAGAAGCGUUGCUUCCUUCGGUGUCUCCAGUGGGUACUAGUGCGGCCCCUGCAGUCCCAGCAGUGACGACGGUGGCCAGCGAGCGGCGCGGGCGGCGGGCCCGGCGCGCCCGUUCUCACAGCGCCCAUACCGCCCGGCCGACCGUACAGCCCACUGUACAGCCCAGCCGGGCCAGGGACACCACGCUACUCAUCUCCGACACGCACUCCAUCAACACGGAGUCCACCGGGGAGAUCGGCGUAGCAGCGCUUCCGGCGGUUCCUCAGUCGUCAUCGAUUCCACGCAAUCUCGACUUAUGAGCGAGUCAUGGAAGCAACUGUUCUCAUAGUCCGACUGUCUGACUGUCUGACUGUCUGACCGUCGAUACUCUUGCACCGAGUGAGCACGCUCCUUAUAUUAGCUCUGUCGCCCGCCCGCGUGUACGAAACUGAAUCUUAUUAAUGCAUAGAUAAAUAAUUACUUUUUUUCAAUGAACAUUAUCGAUUAUCCCAAACCCUAAUUCAAUAUACUUUGAAGCUACACUAGAGACGUAAAUAAUUAAUAAUUAUUUAGUAUUGAUUUAAUGCAAAUGUGAAAUAAUUAUAAUCAAUUGAAUAAAUGAAUUUAAAAUGAGAUCGAACUCAGUGGGCGUGCGACCAAGGCGUAUAAAUGUUCGAAUUUCAAUUACAAUAUAUAUUUUUAUAUGGAACGCUUCAAACUAGACAUUGUGUCUUUAAAAACUCUUGCUUUCGUUGAAAUGUGACUUUUUGAUGUAUUAAACCAAAGUUCGUGAGAAAAAAUAAUUUUCUUCUAAAUUAUAAACUUUAAACGAUUGGAACAAAACUAUGAAUACACUAAAUAAAUGUGUUGGCUAUUUUUUUUAAAUUUCAUACCGAUUAGUAACGUCAAGGCAAGCUCCUACUGUUGUUGCGUGUGUUUCUAAGUAAUAGACUAAUUUAAAACUGGAAAAAUUAUGUCAACUAGCUUUGUUACUGAAAAAUGUUUAUUUCACAAAACGUUUUUGAAGGUACUAUAAGUCGUACACGUCUCGAUCAGUAAAUAAAUUGACUGAAUACAGACGACUUGAGUAAAAUGGUGAUGAACUAAAAAUUUGUGUACUAAUGCAAUUAUUUCAAUCGACUUUAAAUUCUAUUAACUAUACACAAGGAUGAAAUUGCCAUCGAGAUAUAUUUGUUGUAAAAACCAAAUGUUUUCUGUGGCUACCGUUUGCCUUAUUAUGACAGCAAUAGAAUUCAAAAUUGGUCAGCCUAGCUGUAAAUGAAGUUGGUGUGUUUGUGCUUAUUAUAAUUUGGCCAAAGUGAAACAUAUCGCGAUUUAUGUGUUCAUGCAAAAGUGAAUCUUAAAUUGGGAGAGAAUAAAGGUGAUAACUGGAUGUUCUGUUUGGAUUCUAAGUAUCUUUGCAUACUAAAGUCGAGCAAAACUGUAUUAGAACACUUGGCAAGUGCGCGGACGAUGAAAUAUAAAGGUGCAAUUAUAAUUGGAGUAUUUCUCUAACAGUCCAUAUUAUUACACUAUUUUUUGUACCAAAAAUUUUUUCAAGCUCAUUUCAUAUACUGUAUUAGUCUAUUAUACAACUUUACACCUUAUCUCAAAGAAAUUAAACUUAAUAUCCAACACCACUGAAAGUGAUAUAAUACCUUUUUAAUGAGAUGACUUGUUGCUAUGGACUAAAACCUCAAUUAUGUUAACUACUAUUAUUUAUCUAUUUAUAUAUUAAUAAUCAUUGUAGAUAGUCUUCAAAUCAGUUUGUAACAAUGUUAAUUUCAAAAUGGUAGCUAAAAUUAUUGUUUUGAAUUCAUUUUAUUUUAAUGUAUUGUGAAAUGUUACGGACAAUCAAAAUGCAGUCUUAUUGUAAGCCAUAGAAGGUUGAAUGUUGCUCAACGAAAUGAAUAAAGAAUAAACGAACAUGGAGAGAUUAAAGUAACUUUUUUUCCCGUAAGAUUUUUCAAUAGUUUCAAUGAUAAUUAUAAUAUUUUUUUAUUAAAUUCCACGGUAGGUUGUGAGUCGAGCCGCUUGCAAGUCAAGUCUCACAAUACAAUGUUAUCAAAUUAUUCUGUAUUAUAAAUAAAUAUAAAUUAAUUAAUGUAGAAAUGUUUAAUAGUAAGUUAAUGUUAAAUCUUUAAGUGAUUACGGAAUAUAUUUAGUAGAAUUUUAUUUACUCUUUAGUUUUAUUAAAUCUGAUACCUUUUGUGUGUCGAAUUAAAAUGAUGUACGUUUUGUCAGUUGACUUUGCUUUCUAUGAUCUUUGCAAUUAGAUCGAUUUUUGCAUAUUCUCUCGUUCGUUUUAGCAGCCUGUGUCAUAAGAAAAUAAAUUAAGUCAAAUAUAUUGACAGCAAGUGCCUUUAUUUAUCUAAAAUAUAACAAACUUGAGAAGGAAAGCCUAUAAUAUAUAAUCUAAUAUAUAAUACAUAAUAAUCAUUUUAAUUCGACACCAAAGGGACAAAAUAAACUGUAUAAAUGGUAAUGCAUCACCCUGUAUAUAGGAUCAGUUGGAGUAUGUAGCGGCGACUUCGCUAACGCCAUAAUAUUGUGACUAAACAUCUACUAAUACUUAUUUACUUUAUAUUAUGUGAUCAUUUUAAACCUAUAUUGACGUAAAUUGACAAAAAUGCAUGCUAUUCUAGCACUUAUGAGCUUACAUUUCUACUUUGACGUGAAAAAUGUUGUGUGUUACGGCUCCACACGUUUUUGGGCCAAAUGUUGGCACCAACAUGACUAAGUGUACGGUCCCUACAGUUGGUUAAAAUACAGUAAAGUUUUUACGUUAACGCGAACGAAACGUUACCACGUUUAGCCCUCUGAUUGGUUGGUUCGUUGAAGCAGCCAAUCAGAACGGUGAACGUCAUAAACGUGUCCAACGCGUUAAACGAACUCGCACUAGAUCCUCUGCUUUAGAUAGAGCGGUAUUGACCAAUGUUCAGACCAAUCUGUGGAGCCGUCAAGUUUUAUACGAAAGACGAAAUUAAUUACAGUUUAGUCUACGCCACUUAAAACGGUUUAAAGGGAAUUUUAUGAAUUUAAUAUCUAUUUAUAUAUUACACAGCUGACAGAGUCAUUUAAUUAUUACUUAAACUAUUUUUUAGUACUGAUUUCCUUCAGAAAAUAAUUGCUAAGGACGAGGUUAAGUAACCAUUAAAUGACUCUGAGUACGGCGGUUAGUUGUCUUCGCUCGAUUUUAUAUUGUUUUCUUUAUAUAUUACUUAACUUUAUCAAAAUUCAUGCAUCGGUUUAGAUAUAUAAACGAAACCUAUAUAGGAAUAUGUUUCUGCUCUUUCUUUAUGCGUCAAGUAAACUCAAAAUUACCGACUUUAUACUCGUUUUAUACGCAGACAUUUAAUGAUUAGUUAAACUAUUCCUUAGUAACGAUUUUGUUCCAAAAACAAUUACUAAGGACUAGGUUAAGUAACCAUUAAAUAACUCUGAGUAUGGCAGUUAAUUUCAAGUUAUAAUAUUUGUACACGUGUAAAAUAAAUCAUGAUUAUAAUUAAACACGACACUAUUGCGUCAAUGUAGCGUUGUAAAGUUUUAAGUCACAAACAAGCUAUACAUAGAAUGAACGAGGAAUAUUCUAGAAUGUUACAAAUACUUCUUACAACGUAUCGGAUCUGUAGUUCAUUGAUUUUAAAAGUUAUCCUACACUUUUAUAUUUAUUUUCUAGGAAUUGUGUUUAGUAUAUUCGACGUUAUGUAAAUAUUAAAUAAGUUAAAAUUAUCUUGCCUAAAUUCUGACAUAAAUGCAUAUUUUUCUUCUGAGUUCGUUCUAUGUAUAUCUUGUUUGUAUCUGAUGACUAUUAUGUAAUGCUUUAUUUACUUGUGAUAUAUUUGUAUGUUUAAGAGCGACCGGUCGCGAAGUGAACUUGAUUUGUUGUGUAUGUAUGCUGAAUGUGGUCGGUGACCAUCAAACUGAUUUCCAACUAUAGAAAUAAAGCCAAAGGAAAUAUUGAA